AUGUCUGCAGCCCGCGAUGCUCCCUUUCAGGUCGAUCAGGAAAAACAGGAGCCUGCUGAGAUUCAUGUCUCCGCAUACCAGAAACACCAGAGCGAGUUGGAUGCAGUGUUUGGAGGUCCUGAGGAGCGUAAACGAAUUGAACGAAGGCUAUUAUGGAAAUUGGAUUUAAGAAUGUCCAUAUUGAUCUUCAUCUACAUCCUCAACUACAUUGAUAGAAAUAAUGCUGGAGCGGCCAGGCUGAGAGGUUUCGAAGCAGAUCUCCACCUGAAGGGGCAAGAAUUCGCCACACUCUUGUCCAUUCUAUACGUUGGAUAUAUUUUAAUGCAAAUCCCAUCUAAUAUGUUUUUGAACUGGAUAGGAAAGCCAUCUAUCUAUCUUCCAUGCUGUAUGAUCAUUUGGGGUACGAUAUCCGUGUUGACUGGUGAGCGAAUCACGAAGAAUUUUGUCGACGCACUACUCACACGAUUCUUCCUUGGCUUUGUCGAGGCUGCGUUCUUUCCCGGUGCACUAUUUCUAUUAUCCAAGUGGUACACCAAAUCCGAGCUUGGAGUUCGAACGGCCAUAUUGUACUGUGGUAACAUCAUCAGCAAUGCCUUCGGAUCCCUCAUGGCAAGUGGCAUCUUAGACGGGAUGGAUGGUAGGCUUGGCCAUGCAGCCUGGAGGUGGUUAUUUUAUAUCGAAGGCGCCCUCACCAUCUUCUUCGCAAUCAUUGCUUUAUUCGUUUUGCCUGACUUUCCGACGACGACACGCUGGCUUACGCCGCAGGAGCGCUCACUGGCCUUGAAACGCAUGGCAUCUGACUUUGCCGGGAUCGGUGAUCAAAAUGAGACGGAGACAGGUGGACAUACCCACGGACUCAGGCUCGCCCUAACCGAUUGGAAGGUCUGGUGGUUGUCGCUCGCCAUGACAAGCAAUGUCGUUUCCUUGUCAUUUAACGCAUAUUUUCCAACUCUCAGUGCAACGCUGGGGUACGGAAGAACGAUCACGCUGGUGCUUUGUGCCCCACCAUUCAUAGUGGCUGCAGCUGCAGCACUUCUUCUUGCUAGGCAUUCCGAUAAAUCGGGAGAGCGCUUCUGGCAUGUUUCAAUAUCACUCGCUCUGGGAAUAGUUGGUUUCAUCAUUGCUAUUUCCACAAUGAAUACUGCUGCACGUUACGUUUCAUUAUUUCUGAUGGCUCAAUCCUACGCUGGGUUUGUGUGUUUCUACACAUGGCUCAGUAACUCAUUUCCACGACCGCCAUCCAAACGAGCUGUGGCCCUCGCAUUUAUCAAUGCGUUUUCACAAAUGGGCAAUAUAGCUGGAUCUUAUGUUUGGCCAUCAAUGUGGGGCCCGACCUACCGUAAUUCGUAUGCAAUUUGCAUUGCAUGCCAGAGCUUGACUAUUGUGAUGUUGUGGAUUUUCCGGAUGCAUCUGAAAGCUCUAAACGAGAAGAUGGAUCAGGAUGAUGAAUCAAAGGACAUCAAGGAGAAAGGCUUCAGAUAUAUGCUGUGA